CUUAAUUGGCAGCGUGAGGAAGAGCUUAGUGUCAAUUCUGCAAGGUUGCCGCCCGAAGAUCAUUCUCUCAAUGCAUUAACGUUAUGGCAGCAUUGCCAUCAACAAACAAAGCUGACGAGCUCUUGUCUUGGGCAGAGCGGCUGCGAGCGCUAGGGCCCGCCGCAGCUCCUCAGGCCUCGAGCUCAUCAGCUUCCUCAGGCUCAACUCCUAUGCAUGCUUCGGCUGCCGCCAAAGAGUCCACAGCAGAAGCGGAGUCGGCGCGAGCACCAACCGUGCCGCACCUCUUCGUGCAACGCCUUGAUGCCCUUCCAGAGCCCACUAUGGAGCAGCUGCUGCUCGCUAUGGAGCGCCUGGGCUCAAAGCCACAGCCGCAACAACAACAACAGCGGGGUUGGCUGUCUGCGCUCUUCGGCGGCGGCGGCAGCAGCGGUGCUGCAGCCGGCGGCGGCGACACGUUUGGCGGUGCCUCGCAGCAGCCGGGCGGCGCGAGCCGCCCUGAGGUGCGGCGCCUGCUGCAACAGUGGCGACAGCAGGAGCUGGCGGCAGAUGCGGACACAGCCGACUACUCCAGUGAACCCUACGACAGCAUCCCUCGCCAGGUGGAGCUGCAGUGGCGCACGUACGCAAAGCUUUAUCCGGAGGACGCGGCCGCGCGCGCACGCGCCGCGGCGCUGCUUCAGCCACGCGGGUCCGACGCCGCCGCCGCCUCAGGUCCUGCUGCUGCUGCUGGCGGCGGCUCGGCCGGCGGCUGGCUGCCUUCUGCGGCGGAGCUGCAGCGCACACUGCACGCCAUAACCGCAGCCCCGGCCGCAGGCACUGCAGCCGGCGGCGGCGGCGCCGCCGCCACCGCCGCCGCGCCCAGCCCUGUCGAAGCCUUCUCGCCCGGGCGCGAGUGGGUGGCGCGCCACGCACGGCAGCAGCCGGUGGUGCCGUUUGGGCGCGAUCUGACGGACCCUGACUUUGUGCGGCUGCUCGGGAGCUUGGAGGCAUGGUACGGAGCCCACUACGACCGGUUGGCGCCGCUGCGCCGCGGCCGCCGCGCGCGUCUGCUGGCGCUGCGCGGCGCGCCGCUACCGCCGGACUGGCAGCUAGGGCGGAGGCGAGGCGAGGGGCGAGGCCGCGGCGGUGGAGGCGGAGGUGGAGGUGGGGGCGGCGGCUGGCCGGGGGUGGGGCUGCUGCGCUGGUGCGCGGGCGCAGUGGGGUUGCGGACGCGGCCGAAGAUGUGGGACGUGGAGGUGGUGGUGGAGGCUGAGGGACAGGAGGAGCAGGGACAGCCGCUGAAGGCGAUGGUGGAGCAGCAGCAGCCGGACGGGCUGCGUGAGGCGCCAGUGGCGGCGGCGCGUCGGCCGGGCGCUGGGCUGCGCCCGGGUGGGCUGCAAGUGGCGCUGGAGCAAUUCGCGCUCCGGCGGGUCACCCUGGUUCCCGCGGACUGGCUGUAACGCACGGCGAGCUGUGACGCGUCGAGCUGUUGCGAUCAGUUGAUUGGGCGCACCCGAACGCGACAGGGAUAGCGACUUGGAAGGUGCAGUUCGGGUCAAGAGCUGCAGGAGGCAAAGCCGAGCGACCCGAGGGACCUCGGAUUGAGUGAAUGACCCGGUCUGCGGAUCCUCCGGGUUUAGACCUCUUAGCCUGGAA